AUGUUUUCUGCUCUGUUUCUGGCAGAAGAGCAUGUCACAACUGAAAUUGAAACUGAACCCACAACUGCAGAAACAUCUACCCCUAAACAUGACACAACUGAAACUGAACUCACAACUGCAGCGACAUCUACUCCUAAACAAGACACAACUGAAUCUGAACCCACAACUUCUGCAUCAUCUACCCGUGCUCUACUUUGUACAACAGCAUCAGCUAACAUCGGGAAUCUCUUGCAACUUGGCCUUUGUACUGGGCUUGUCUAUUCGGCAAUCACCUAUGAUAUAGAAAUCGAGAAGUUUGACCUUAAAAAUGAUGACAUUGGAAAACUACAAAAGCUGCGAAAGGGAAGUGUUCCUUUUAUUGCAACUGAAGUAGACACGCGUGGAAUUAUGACGUCCAAGGUUCGACGUGUCGUGACUGUCUUCUUUACCAAAACUGAAGAGUUCCUCACAACGAACAACCUUGAUGGCAUUGCAUUUUCGGCAACCCAUCAAGAUGCCAUAAAUGUCGAGCCAUUUGCAGCGGAGUUUUGGAACCGCUCAAUGAAAUUCAAGAGACAGCCACUGGUGAUUAUAAUACUUGAAUUUGUAAAAAUCCGUGACUCCCAGGCUCUGGCAUAUGCUUUGACAGGAAAAUGCCAGUUCUUGAUUCUCAGAAAGCAGGAUCCAAGGCCACCAAGCAGCACUUGUACGCCUAGAUUUCCCAACAGGCCUCUAGAAACAAAUGAAGAGAUGGAAAUGAAAUAUCUUGAGCUGCGGUCAAGAAAUAUGACCAGCGUGUGUCUGUCAUUCACACUUGCUGUGCUCAACUUUCAUGGUGUCAAAAACCAAGGCCGUGGGAAAGUUUGUGAAAAGGAACUUUGGGUAGGGUAUGACAAGGUUUGUCACUUGAAGAAUAUGCCCUCGGCCUCUACCUAUGAGCUGAAAGAGGACAGUGGGACUGAAAUAUUCAGCUACGAAGCAGAGCGAGCAAUGCGUGAAAAAGUAUCAAAAGUGACUGGCCAAGUUGACACAUUGUGUGCUGCAGCAUUUGAUGUUGAAUUUGAAGAUGUGGAAGGGAAGUGCCCAGCAAUGGGGGAGCCAUUUUCAAGGCUUCACACUCUGAAAGUUGUACUUGAAAAAGCUAUCAAGUACACCAGUGAUUUCUCAUACCGUAUAACUACUCAGGAUGCACAAUACAAAGACCCAUAA